GCAUGUCUGCAUCAGCCAACAGCUGGGAAGAACUUCCUGCAGGUUGUGGACGGUGCAAAGUCCUACUCCAUAGCUUGCCUGCAGAAGGACAAGAGCGAAUAUGCUUCCUUCGAUCUCUUCUUCCGCACUGGAACGUGCUCUUUCCACAACAAAGGCAGCAGCGAGAUGCACCUGACCGGAUACUUUGAGCCGGAUGGUAUGCCAGAUGAUGACGAGGAGGAAGAAGAAGAGGAGGAGGAGGAGGACGAAGAGGAGGAGCCUCCACCGAAGAAGCUGAAGAAGAAGUGA